AUGCUGAAGCUGGGCACCGAAUCAUUCGACGACAGCUCGACGUUGAAGUCCAUGACGCUCGUCACGCUAAUCUAUCUCCCCGCGAACUUUGUGUCUUCUAUCCUGGGGAUGAACCGGUUCGAUUUCGACGGCGACGGUACGGGCGCGUUCACCAUCUCCAAGCAGUUCUGGAUCUUCAUCGUCCUGGCGGUGCCGCUGACCCUCCUCACCCUGGCCUCCUGGUAUGUGGUCUCCCGGCGGACCCGCCGCGCCCGCGAGCGACAGAUGGAGGGGGCUGCGGAUUGA